AUGGCUGGGCCAUGUUACAGUACAUACCUACCGGUGUGUUCAAGUGAUCAACCCACCUUAAACGGAUUAGACCACCUUGAUGUAACUUCGCCCAUAGGACGGAUGUACGAAGUUGAAAUAUCGUACCCCGUUAGCCUUCAUGGCGUCCACAGCGACCUGCCUUUCUUGACGGAAAUUUCUGUCCCAGCAGGCUCGAAGGUGUGGAAGCUAACGGCGACGGUCAAACAAAAAACCAAUUGUAUAAUCAACUAUCGGAAUUUAAAAUUUGCAAUUUCCAACAAUUUGAAAGUAGAUAUAAAAGUAAAUAUAUUAUUGUGUAUUAUUUCAGAUAUCUGAAUUUAUUCAAUUUUUUAUUUUAGGUUUACCGAUCGGCAGCGUAGAUGUUAUAUAAUCCACCUACAUCUCCGAAUACAGCUGUUGCGGAGUUUGCCGAUGACAAGGCCAUUAUUUCUAUCCAUGAUAAUCCUAACACAGCUUCCUACAAUCUUCAACUCCACCUUGACCUCAUGGCUGAUUGA